CCUCCUCCUUGCGUCAUUCUUUCAGUUUGGUCUCCUCGCUGUAGCACGCUCGGGUCUUUCCUUCCAGCUGUGGCUGCUUCAUCCCCUCACUGGACUGGACGCUCAUGAUUUUUGCCUCAUUUUGACGGGUGUCCUGGAGAGGAGGGAAGGUCGCGGGGCUGAGUGUGGACUUGACCUCUGGACGUGACGUAAGGCGACUCUCCUCUGACGGGCAGGAACAGGCUCACAGACCCAGGACUGCGAGGAAGCCAUGGCGUCGGCGGCGCCCACGGAGCCUCCCAUGUGCGUGCGGAUCGGGGCGUGGGGCGUCACCGACAUCCUCAUGUCCGUCGACAUCAUUGCCUUCAUCCUGGGCCUGAUGUUCAACGUGCUGACCAUCGGCCCCAUUUGGCAGCAAGUUCGCAAGAAGAACGUGCUGGGCAUCUACCUGCUGAACCUGGCGCUGUCCGACCUGCUCUUCAUCGUCACCCUCCCCUUCUGGAUCAACUACUACAACAUGGACCACAACUGGAAGCUGGGUGUGCCUCUCUGCAGCGUGGUGGGCUUCUUCUUCUACUCCAACAUGUACAUCAGCAUCUACCUGCUGUGCUGCAUCUCCGUGGACCGCUGCCUGGUGGUCAUGUUCCCGCUGCGCUCCAAGACCCGGCGCACGGCGCGCCUGGCCUGGGCGCAGUGCGCCGCCGUCUACACGCUGGUGGUGGUGUCCCACAUCUUUGUUCUGGUCUUCGACAACCUCCCCGACGCCCACGACGACACCAAAGCCAACGACCGCUGCUACGAGACCUACCCCAUGGAGAGGCCGGUAGCCACCUUCAACGUGGUGCGCGUCUGCCUGGGCUUCUUCCUGCCGCUGAUGGUGCUGGCGCUCAGCUACUGGAAGAUCCUGGCCCGGGUGGGCCAGAGCCCCGGCAUGAGCGCCACGGUCAAGAGGAAGGUGCGCCUGCUCUCCUGCGGAGUCAUCGGCAUCUUCUCCAUCUGCUUCGCCCCGUACCACGUGCUGCUGCUGGCGCGCUCGCUGGCCUUCUUCCUCAGUGAGGACACCGCCCCCGGUGGCAGCUACUGCCAGUUCGAGCAGAGCAUGCACUUCCCCUUCUCCUGCUCGCUGGCGCUGUCCACCUUCAACUGCGUGGUGGACCCCGUCCUGUACGUGCUGGUCAGCAACGGGGUCCGCGAGGACAUGAAGCAGUUCUGGAGGCGGACCAGGACCAAGGGCGACGCUAGCACGCUACGAACAAACGCCAGCGGCCGGCCCCAGCUAAAUGCUAACAUCCUGUGAUCGUGUGUGUGGCUGCUCCUCCACACACACACUUCCACCCCAUCAUCCCCACUCACCCCGGCCUCCCCUCACAUGGCACCAGAGCACUCUUGUGCUCAGCAUCACAUGGAGAACACAGUGAGACGGCAAGUGUCAUGUGGGUCGGAGUGAAAGUGACGUGUCGACGUGGGCACAGAUUGAGCUCAAGUCCUCCUUGUGAGGGCCUUGCCUGCCUUUCAAUCUGACCUGGGAUCCACUCCAAGGCCAACGCUGAAUCUUUGAAUCGACUCUCGCAGACUCAGACAGUAGCUUUGCUCCCAAACUAUUCCUUUGAUGCUUCAACGCAACAACGACCCCCUGCAGAGCUAAAGAUUCCAGUCCUGAUGUUUGUCUCCGACCGAGGCACAGGUUCCUUUGACUCUGGCAGCUGCCGCCCGUCUUCAAAACCAGUCCACUGAGCUCCGCAGCAGCAGGGUCGUGAAGUACGGCGACACUGUGUGUCGUGGCCUCACUGUCAAACACAGACUUCCUGCUCCACAAUAGGAAGAAACACGACUGUAGGAAGUGGUCCAGACCUGCCUGAUCUAGUGAUGGGCUGGUGAGGCUUCAUGAAACAGUCACCUCAUUUUCACAGCUCACUAGGUGGCGCUAUCUCCUCGAAAAUCUUUGGAUUUGAACGACCCUUUCAAUGAAGCCUCACCUCAUUUUCAAACCCACAGCGCCACCUAGUGAGCUCUAAAAAUAAGGGCACUGUUUCAUGAAGCCUCACUGGCCCAUCACUGGCUGCAGAUGUGUUUAUGAGUGAGUGAGAGUGUGUGUUGAUAAAAAUUUGUUUUUUUUUCAUCCUUAGUAGAGCAGAAUGUAGAAUGUAGACACACCAAAGUACACAGCAGGCAGGUUUGGUUGGUCUAAUUCAGUGGGCUAAUUUAUGUGGAAGUGGCUGAACAUCGCUUGUUCACCUCCCAAUAUUAAAGCAGCAGAUCAUGCUAACUCUGAUGCUAACCGCUAACCCAUGCAUUUAGCCGCGAGGGGCUCACUGUUUGUACAAGGGUGUUUGAACAAAGUUCUCAGACACCCUGCGAGUACUUCUGCGCGCCAACGUCUGGACUACUAAAUAUGAAUUUGUUUUUGUUCAGUUUUGAACACAUUCUCUGAACUGACGUAUUGAAACGGUUCACAAUUUAGUUUUGACAGUUUUAUCUUGUCAAUAACAAACAAUUUUAAUACAAUAAUUUAUAAACAACUAUGUUGUUUGGGUCUGUAUAAUAAAGCCACACCUUUUGAACCAAAACCAAAAGAUAUUUCAUGAGAAUAUUUGGGAUUGUGUCAAACUUCACUGGUGUCCCAAAACUUUUUCUCUGCAAUGGAGCCAUUUUUAAUGGACGCAGAAGUGAUCUCUGCCUGGUCUCGACUGAAUUGUCUAUGCACUGAAGUGGAAUUUGCUGAAUUCCACCCAUCGACAUUGUAAAUUGUACAGCCGGGAUUAAGCCAUUUUUCGGAUGUUGUAAAUAUAGACUGACUCGGACCUGUGCUGGCAACGGACAUCACCAGAUGCUUCUGAGCUGUUGAAGGCGCUUUGACCUACGAUGACCUUCAGGACGAUAAUACUUUGAUGCACGUGAAUCACCAGUCCCAGUCUGAUCUCAUGAUCAUGGGAUGUGUUUUGGAUCCGUCCCGGCACCAAGCAGCUGCAUGUGAAGGCAGAGCUGGUCCAGACUGCUGUGAUGGGCUGGUGAGGCUUCAUGAAACAGUGUCCACAUCUUCAGAGCUCACUGGAUGGUGCUCUCUGCUCUAAACUCUUUGGAUUUGAACAACCAUUUCAAUGAAACCUCACCUCAUUUUCAAACCAACAGCGCCACCUGCUGAGCUCUAAAAAUAAGCACAAUGUUUCAUGAAGCCUCACUGGCUCAUCACUGGCUGUGCUGCACAUGUGUUUAUGUGCGGGU